ACGGAAGCAGCUAGCCUGUAAUAGGAUGCACACUGUCAUUUAUUAAAUGAAAUGGCUUCAGAGGGAGGAACCAUGCUGUAAGAUCCCGACUGUCCUCGGACUGUGAUAAAUUUUUAAGCGAAGUAAGCCUACCUUUCAUUGCGGAUGAGUUUACUCUAGUUUAAAAUGGAUUAUCGACGAAAAAAGAAACUGACAUUUUUCACUAUUGGGCUAAUCUUUCUUUUGAGUGGCAUCGAAUACGCUGUGAUCUUGCCGACGAUAUGGGGAUACCUGCAGAUACUGCACGUAGCACCGUUCUUCCUCGGCCUUGGCUUGUCGGCGUUCAGCCUAAGCGGUCUGCUCUCGGGGCCGCUGUUUGGGCACUGGUCCGACCGGACGCGCACCACGAAGAGCGUCGUCCUCUUUUCCAACGUCUUUGAGAUUGUUGGCAACUUCAUGUAUUUCAUUGGCUACUCCAAGUGGCUUUUGCUGUCCAGUCGGUUGGUCGCUGGCGUUGGGGCAGGAGCCGCCUCCUCUAUUUUUGGGUUCAUCACCCAGAGCACGGCCCCAGAAGACCGUGCCAACGUCUUCGCAGCCGUUAUGGCGUGCCGACAGGUCGGACUCCUGAUUGGUCCAGCAUUCAACAUCUUCCUUAGACUGUGUGAUUUCCACCUGGGGCCAUUUCUAGUGGACAAAUACACUUCACCUGGGCUCUUCAUGUGCAUGAUGUGGGCCCUGCUCCAACUGGUGAUGCUACUCAUGUACUGGGACCUCCCUCCUGAGGCUGAAGACAAGGAGAAGGAGGUGGAGGCAGAGGAGGAGGAGGAGGAGGUGGAGGGAGUAGAGGAGGAUAAGCCCUUGAUGGGCCCCGAGGAACCUCUGGAGACCUACGGUGCCGUCACCCCCGAACAAUUAGAGGCCCUCAUCAUCCCCAAUGGGAACGCAGCUCACGGUUCUCCACCUCCCAGCAUAACAGAUGCAGACCCCUUCCAGAACUUCAGUGUUCGCAAUGAGUUCUUGAGGGAGGAGGUGGUGAUUCUGCUCACAGCCCAGUUCAUCACUCUCUUCAAUCAGACUGCACUAGAGACAAUGGUGACCCCUCUGACCCAGAAGUACUUUAACUUCCGGGAGCUGGAGAACAGCGUGAUGUACUUCCUGUGUGGGGUGGAGGUGAUCGCCGGCUUCUUCUUCGUGCGCUGGCUGAGCCAGAAGGUGGCGGAUCGCGUGGUCCUGGUCGUGGGCCUGAUCAUCUGCAACGUCUCCUGCGCCUGGUGCCUCAUCUUCCUCGCCAAACCCCGGGGCAGUUUCACAUGGCAGUUAACGGAGUUCAUCAUCGGGGUGUUCCUGCAGCUUCUGGGGCUCCCAUUCGUUGCUGUGUCCCAGGUGUCCCUGUUCUCUAAAGUGACUGCAGUGAAGACACAAGGGUUCAGCCAGGGAGUGAGGUGGUCAGUAGGGGGUUUGGGCACCAUUCUGGGUCCCCUCUGGGCAGGCGGACUGACAGAGCACCUGUAUGUGAUGCUGGGAAUGAUGUUGGCUCUCCUCGUACUGCUAACUAUUAUGGUGAUGUUUUCCUACAAUCGCCUAGUAGAACCCUGUGUCGUGCAACAUGCUGACAGCCUGGAAGACUGUAUGUAGAGCUGAAAGGUACUUCUCCUAGAAAUUUGAGCUAUUACAGGAGCGUGAAGCUGCUGCCCUGUUCCCCUGGCAAUCUCUUUGAUUUCAGACUGAUAGCAGGGGGUGGGGGUGGACUAAAGGACUGCGGACACAGUAGAAAAAGAAGCACAUUUCAAUGCGACACACCAGCAUGACAGUUCUUAGUACUGUCUGACCUCUCGGCUUUUUCUAGCUGAGAGCCAUUACCACUGACCAGAUACUACAGCAAGUAGUUUCCUGUUUUUUUUCCUGUGGAAAAUGGACUUUAAUCAGAAAAUAUGUUUAUGUAAUACGCUUUGCAUUUAAAUUCAUCUGCCUCAGUAUACCUAACAGCACCAUAUGGUUUUCUCUACCUGGUUUCCCAAGAUGCACUCUGCUAAUUGUCCUCUCGGCGAUUCUGUAGUCACUGCAUUUGAAUUAGCGGGCACAAAUUAAGCGCUCUACUCUUAAAACUCAAUAAUUAGUGGUCUGCUAACAAGAUAGGUAAUGAGUCUAUUUAUUUACAUCCUGCACUUAAAAAGAAAAUUGAUCAUGUGUCAGAGUGACAUAGAACCUAUGAAACAGUAUCUAAAAAUAUACACAUUUGCAGAGAUAAAUUAGCAUUUUAACCAUUAGCUACACUGCUAAGAACACUACUAAAAGCCUUCAAUGAUCACGGAAUCAUUAAAAUGCAAAACAGGCUAAAAUAAGAGGCAGGACUACACUCACAUACACAGUUAACCCUGCUACAGUACCAAUAGGCUGCGCUCCUUUGCUUUAAGCAUAAUCGUUUGUGGUCGUUAAUCUCACACAUUUGAAAGUUCAUUGUUUUCUUUAUGGAAUUUCCUUUAAGCACUUUGGAUUAUAAAGGUAGUCUCCAUGUUCUGCUGCUCCACCAAUUUUAUGACUGAUAAUCAGAAAUGGUCUUGCACAUGUGAAAGAGAAAGUUGCAAUUAAAGUGUUGUAUCAGGCUUUUGGUACUACUGAAACAAGACCAGGUCAAAACCUAGUAUAUGGCUGGACCUAAACACACGUGAUCCAGCUGACCAAUGGUGUAACUGCAUAACUCGGCCAACCAAUGGUGUAACUUCAUAACUUGGCCGACCAAUGGUGUAACUUCAUCACUCAGUCAGUCACAGACAUUCGCGCUAAAGGGCUGGCUCCGCUGUUGCGGUCCAGCCAAAAAUAGGCUUAUUAUAAUUUUUAUAAAUACAAAAAAUGACAUCUAUAGGAUAUAUCUGCAGUAUAAUUUUUAAGUCUCCCUGACUCAAAGCAUACACACAACCCUGUGGUUCUUCAUUAAAGCAGAGGACACAAAUGAUCUCUUCAGAUACACCACCGGGUGAAUAGAAUCGCACCAGUUAACCUAGCAGUGACUGCUGUCAAUUGACAUUACAUGAGCACUUUCAAAUUUAGUUAAAGUAAUUGAGUUUCAGAAAUUGAAAGUAAUUAGAAUGACAGAUCAGGCUGAUGUAGAUUAGAUUAGUUGUUUCAUCAGCACUGUGUGGGUUCAGGAUGAACAUGCCAUUGAGAAAAACAGCUUGAGUGUCUAUGUGCACGUCUCAGAAGCACCUUAGAAUUAUAGGGGUCUAUUUGCCAUGAAGACAGUCAGUUCUGAGAUAGUGAGCUUUAAAGUUCUUGUUACCUCAUUGGCUUUAUCACUUAGAACUCUCUAAAAACUGUAAUUACGUCCAGAUUUUUGACUUUUUACAUUUAUUAACACCACACACAUACGAAGAAUGGUGAAUACAGCAUUUAUUUGUAUAUAACUCUUUUUUAAUGAAAAUGUCACUUAGAACCCUGUAAUUCGUCACUGGUCAAUAUUACGUCCUGGUCAAUUUUAUUUGAACUCCCCAGGCAAUGGGGGCAAAGGUCUCUAUGGCUUAAUAAUUUGUGAUAUUGGCCUUUUAUCUGGACUUCUUUGUGUCCAAAUGCACACGCUGGGGAUAAGAGGCUUUUGCAUUUCAAUGCCGCAAACUGGCCACUGGAGGGGGUUUACACAAAGAGAGUUGCGGCAACGGGGCCAUGAUCUGCAAUCUCUGAUUGUGCUAAUUGGGUAGGAGAAGCCUUAAUUAUCCAACUGAGCAAUUUAGAGCUCAUAUUUCCUGCACAUCGUAUAUGGGCACGAAGUCAUUCUGACAGAUAAGCUAAAGACUAUUUGAACCUUCGUUUUGGUGCAGUGCCCAGUACAGAGUUCAAGCAUCUGCUGAAAUAUCUAUGUGGCCCCUCAUAGAUGUACUAUUGGUCAUUUGAUCAAUGAAAAAAUGAAAUGAUUGAUUAUUCAGUUGUAUCAUAAAUUGUUCGGGCCUACACAGGCACUGUGUGAGUAUAUAGCUAUGAAUAUUUCAAGGUAACUACUUUGGUUCCUCAUUCAGAGUAUGUCAUAUAUGGGCAUGGAAUAUUUUUCUCAUGUGCUCUAUUUUCUAGAAGAAUCUGGCCCCCAGGAAAAAAAAAAUUGGCUGAAGAAUGCUGGCACAUACAGUAUUCCUUUGAAAUGGAAUCGGAAUAUCCUGCUGUACUAUAUGGGAAAUGAUUUAGCCACAAUGAUGACCAGAUGUCAUUGUGAAAGUUUUUGAAAUGUUUAGGAAUCCCAGACUGUACCGUGUGAAAAUGGAAGUUUGAAGAGAUAAGCCUUUAAAAAAAUAUAUAUUUCCAGUACAGUCAGAAUAACGUAAACCAGUGAGCAUCAAAAUGUAUGGAGAUGUUAACAUUUCUGCAUGUACAUGUUUUUUUUUUCAAGCCAUCAAACAUAUUUUGUCCAGACUGGUGUAUCUUUAUAAAUAUGGUACAUAAAUAUGCCAUCGCUUCCAUGAUCCUUAUACUCCACAUGGUGUGUUGUAGAAAUAAACUUUACAAGUGGUGAAUUACUUCAUAUCAGGGGAAUGCAUUGAUGAAAAUAAAAUCAUUACUAUUUCUUUGUAAACAACAUGUAUGGGAAAAUUUUUGGACCAAAUUUUCAUUUGUUUGCAUAAGUAAUGCCUCUGUAUUCAUUCACAGUGACAUAACAAUCCAGAUGGCGCAAACAAGGUUUAACCUGCGAAUGAACAUGAACUGUGUGUGAACUAGUUUUGUCAUAUUUUUUGAUGUUUUUUAUUUUUAUUUUAUUUUAUUUUUCAGCAUUUAAAUGUUCUGUGUAUCCUCUAUUAAAAUAUUUGAAUCAGGUCUGACAUGUAGGACACUGGAUGUGACAUUAAAGCUGUGCUUAAAAAGUCA